AUGGAAAGCUUGGGUGGCGCUGGGUUUUCGCCUGGAGGUUGCAUUGUCAGGAAGAAGAGGAGUAUCGUGUCACAUAAACCUCGCUUAAAUCCACCGACAUUUUCCCUCACCUCUAGUAUCCCUAUUGGCAAAGGAACCAUUGAUCAGGAUCAGAAUAAUAAGAAGAAAAUAGUGCUUUCUAAUGUACUCGGAAGUAAGAGCAACCCGAAGAAGUUAAAGCUUAAGUUUGGAGAUGUUACUCAUACAAUCAACACCAACUAUAUAACAGAUGUUGGCGAUGGUGGUGGCUCGUCCACAGCUAAAUCUUCAAGCUCUUUAGAUGCCUUCACGCCCCAACUGAAUCCCCUUGCUCAGGUACCGCACCCUGAUUCUUGUGGAGAUGGGGUCAAUGAGCCAGUUCGUAAGAGCAAGCGGGCUCCUAAGAGAAGCACCUUGGGUGCUGGAUUUAAUGAAGAAGAUGAUGAAGAUGAAGAAAUCCAAUUCCUUGAAAGAUUAAGCGCAUCGAAGGUUGCUCGUUCAGAGAGAAUUCAAAUGGACAUUCGCUUUCAUGGAGAUGAUAGUGGAGAGUAUAAGCCCUCAAGGCUGGGAAAAGCUAGUCAAAAAAGGUCAAGCUCGGAAAAAAUGCACGAGGAUGAAGAUUGGGAGAAGAAGAUGAAGAAGAAUUGA